CUUACAUCUUUCUAGCCGGGUGUUUUUUUCUACUUUCCACUUCGAAACAAAUCAAAUAUGUCCGAAGCAAAGGGUGCAAAAAAUGAAAAGGAGUUAGUAGCUGAAUUAAGACAGCUCAUUAAAGGCGACAUAUGCAGUCAAUUUGACCCAGAUUAUCACAGGGAAGUGAGAAAAGUAUGGAAUGCAAGACUGUAUGAGAAAAAUCCUCUGUUGUUUGUUUAUGUUGAAUGUCAAGAUGACAUUUUAGAAACAUUGAAGUUUUGCAAAAGUCACAAGGUUGAGCUAGAGUAUUAAUAGCUAUAUUAUAAUUUGUGAAAUAAUUAAUAAUUCAUGAAGAAAACACAAUAGAAAUCAUGACUGUGAAGGAGUUUGUAUGUCUGAUACAAAAUCAUGCCGAUUUACAUAAACUCACCAAAUAUCAUUCAUUUUCAAGGCGUUUUACAAGCCAUUUGCAACAUUUGUGUCCAUGUUGUAUCACAUAGACAAACUCUCGCCUUCGGCUUGAGUUUCGUAUUUCCGAUACAACAUUGGCACUCGUGUUGUAAAUAGUAUGUAAAGAUACCAUAUUAUGGGCAAUGAAACAACACAUGAAACUGACUGUAUUAGAGAGGUGUUGCUUUUAUAGAGGUUCUUGAUAGAAAAUAUAUUAUGUUGGGAUAUUGGAAUCUGUCCACAAUAGAGAGAUGUUUGUAUAAUUAGAGAGGUGCCACGCCCAACAUCUGGGGUGGAAAAUGUCUUGGACCAUUGGUCCCAGAGAUUAUUUCCCCAGAAAAUAUUUCCCCCAGAAAGAAAAAAUAGUAUUGUCAAAAUUUAGAGAAAUGGAGAAAUUCAGGGGAAAAUUCUAACCAAUAGAAAAAAUGUUACCUAUACUGUAGGUAUGACCUCAGAAAUGCAUGGAUCAGUAGGUUAAAAAACCUUAGGGUAAAAAAUAUGGAUUAUUUUGUCAACAAAGGAGGACACAGGUGAAAAACAAAUUUAAACUGGUGACAAAUCCAAAAGAAAAGCAUAAUUAAGUUUAAAGCAUAAUUAAUUUGUGUCACGUCCAUGUAUACUAGAUUUAGCUAAUCUUCAGUUUGCUAAUUAUUUUUUAACAAUACAUUAUCCAGCUCCCAUUGUGCAUAUGCAAUGGAGGUACAAGUAUGUUUGUUCAAGAUGACGGUGCUGUUGUUCUAAAACUUGAAAAGAUGAAUGAUGUGACUGUCAAUCAAGAAGCCAAGGUUAUCAUUUUCUCACUAACUUUUAGAUUUCUAUGAAAACAAUAAAUACUCUAGGAACAGUUAUUUUCUGCAGAUGUUGAAAGUUUGGGACAGAUAGAGCUAUCCAGUAUAAAUAAUGUUAAGUCUAGUUAGCUUAGAAGAGAAGAUCAACUGAGGUUGCUCAUCUAUAUAAUAGCUCUGUAUGUUUAAUUAGUUGGUGGAGCAAUUACUGUAAAAUACCAUUAAUGGUAAAUUUUGUGGUUUUUACCAAUUUACUAUUUGGGAAAGUUAUAAUAAUAACCAUGCAAUACUGGUAAGACUUUUUCCUAUGGCAAUGGGCUAGUAGCCUAGUAUUCUGAUGUUAUGAAUUUGCAGCAGAUUUGAUCGUUUUAAUAUAGGCAACACAACUUCAAGUUAACAGCAAUGAUUGCAAUCAUUAUAUUUGUUAGUAUCGAAAUUUACCCUAUUCCAAAUUCUGUAAUUGCAAUAUUAAUGCCCUUGGCAAUCACACUUGGAUUAAUGUCCUUGGCUGCUCUAGCUUUUCAAUUUUCAUAAGCUUUUGACCUGUUUUAGACUGCAGCAGUAAAUUGUGGUGCCAAGCAAGGGGAUGUGGAUAAAACUACUGCCGAGUAUGGUCUGGUUACAACACUAGGUCAAGCGAGCUUUGUCGGUGCAACAGGCUCAGGUUUACUGUUAGGAAUGGGUGUGCUUGGUAGGAGCUAUGGUUAUGCAAUUGAUAAUCUACAUGCUAUAGGUAGAGUCUUUAUAUCUAUCAUUCUAUCUAUUUAAUAAGCUUUUUGUUUGUUGACAAAUCUGAUAUUUUAUUUUACGGAAAACACCAUGGGAAAAAUUUAAAAAGCUUAAUAUUUUCAUUUCUUACUUUUUAUCGUACCUUUUCAGUUUUAUUCAAUUUGUGGUUAUAUGUUCUAUAUAAUUUCAAUGUAUUUUGCACAAUUUAAGUUUUGUGCUUCAAUAGACGUGACGAAGGAAAAUUGUGAAAUCUAAAAGGUGUACACUUGCAGUUUUGUACUGAAAAGUACAAAGUUAUUGUCUUAGAGUUAAAGUUUUGUUUUGCAUAUUUCUUUUACAUUAUUUGACCUUUGAGGCAUUUGUUUUUGGGUAAAUUUAACCAAUUAUAACCAAUCUGUCUGUUCUCACACUCGUACUAUAACACAGUAUGCAGUAAUGCGCAAACUCAAACGUACUUAUUUGUGCUUUUCUUAACUAUAGAGAUGAUUACAGGCUCGGGAGAGACAGUAAAGGCAACUGCCACUCAAAAUGAGGAACUGUUUUGGGCAAUGAAAGGUUUUGGACCUAACUUUGGGUGAGCAUGAAUUUCAACCAAAAUCGGAGCUGAAAUUUUGAUCUAGACAAGUCUGGACAAAAAUUUCGUCACAGCUUGAAAGAGCAACACAAAAUUAGUAAUAUUCCGAAGUUUCGUUGCGAAAUGUUGUAAAAUGCGGCUAAUAUUGCCUUGCGAAGUUUGCCGUUUUUCAGUCAUUUUGCAUUACGCGGGGGAAAUUGACAGCCCAAUAUCCUUUGGCCUGUUUGGGGCUGUCAAUUUCCCGUUUGUAAUAGAAAAUGACUGAAAAACGGCAAACUUCGCAAGGCUAUAUUAUCCGCAUUUUACAACAUUUUGCAACGAAACUUUGGAAUAUUACUAAUUUUGUGAUGCUCUUUCAAGCUGUGAUGAAAUUUUUGUCCAGGCUUGUCUAGAUCAAAAUUUCAUUCAUAAGGGGAAAGGUCUAUUGUAGUUUUUAGAACCGAAUUUUCAAUGUAUUUUAUGAGCAGACUCUACGGAAACGCUUUGGUUAAGUUACCAAAACGAUUAUUAAAUAUAAUCUCCUAUACAGUAUUAUAAUGUUCUAACAAGUAUUGUUAACAUUUUAAUUAACUAUUUACUUACCAUUACAUUGUAUCAAACUUUUUUCCAUAAAGGAUCGUCACCAAACUUCACGUCAAUUUACAUCCAAUUCCGGCUCAAAUCAUGGCUGGAAAUCUGUAUUUUGCUUGGGAAAACGCUGCCAAUACACUCAGGAACAUGCGAGACUUCGUACUAGAGAAAAACGACAAACGAUUAGUUCUUUACGGUGUCAUUUCAACUGAGAAACAAAGGUAUAAUGCAACUUUGAAGCGAAACUACAUGUAUGGGAUGGUAUUCUUUUAAUACGCAGUCAGUGGUGUCAUGUAACGAAAUAAAUGUACUUCGUUACUGUACUUGAGUUACUAUUUUUGAGAAAUGAGCAUGUAACAAAGUAAACUUUUUCUGGAGUACUUUUACUUGGAACGAAGUCGUUUUAGGAUGUAACGUUUUACUUCGUUAUUGUCAUUUUGUGGCGAAGUAUUUCGUUACUUUCUAACUUUUGUUUAAUUUUACGUGAUUUAUUCCCGAUAAGUGGACCUCUUGAGAAAACAGUUUAGAACUGGUUUCCUUCUAGUUCUGUAGUAACACUGGACCUCUAUAGGGAGAAGAGUUUAGCACUGAUGGAGCUACCUAUGUAUAAAUAUAGUAACGUUAGUUCAGAUGCAAUAUGGUAUCACAAUAUAUUUCAAAAUUAUAUAGGGGCAAGUUAAUGCUAUUCCUUCGUUAUGUUUUUAAUGGGGAUUUAAAUGUGGGGGAAACAUAUCUCGAAGAAUUCUGUAAACGAAGUUCGCCUGAUUCGUGGGAUGUGGAGCCUAUGCAUUAUAACGUCUUUCAAACAACAGUAGAUGAUCUACACCCUUUUGGAAACUACUACUUUGAUGACAUGGGUGGCUUUCCUCUUUCAGGUGAGAAAAUUGAAAUAUUUUGCGUUCCGUCACUGUCUGAGGGGAUUCAGGGAACAUGAUUGACGCUAUCAGCUAACUGUCUGUGCUAAUUUGGAAUAUUGGUCGCACACAUUCAUAAGAUUAUAUUACUGGACCUCUAGGGAGAACGGUUUAGAAUUGAUACAGCAAUCUAGUAGAAACAAAAUUAAUGUAGUUUAGGUUUCCUCCUGUAGUAACACUGGACCAAUAAGAGAUGCUUGUAGGAAGAAGAGCAAAUUAGAAUUAGAGCUAUCUAGUAGAAAUAAAGUUAGUAUAGUUUAGGUUUCCACAUGUAGUAACACCAGGGUUCGAAUUAGACAGGAAACAUCGAUUCGCAAAUUUCCUUUUUGAAGAUUUAAGGAAAUUCUAGUUUUGAAAAGUGGAAACACUGCUUGCAAAAAACAAAAUGGCGGUCGUUUCGUAGCGAAUUACGUAAAUUUUCUGCAGAAAUUGUAGCCAUAUUCUUAAUUUCACACAUCUUUUUAGUACAAAAUUACAGCAAUAGUCAGCAACAUACUCUAUAUCUUACAUUAUAGUAAAAUACAUUCGAAGUGAUUGUGAAAAUCAACCCGCUGUUUUUUCGAAACGUCAUUCGCAAAAUGGAUGAUUUUGCGUUCGCAAAAAGCGAAUUUACAUUCGCAAAUUGCGAAUAGCAUAAUUCGAACCCUGGAUCAAUAUGGGAGCACCUUUGGAGAGAACAAUUUCGACGGAACUGGUAGAGCUAUUCAGAGUGAAUAAAGGCAAACCCCUGAGAUUCAAACAAUGUGUGAUUCUAAUUUUUCCCUAUCAUAUAUAGAAAUGUCAAAUGAAGUAAUAGACGUUCUAAUUGGUCGUUACAAUGCAUUGCCCUCGGUGGAAAAGAUGUCAGGAAGUGCUUGCUAUGUUUUAACUACGGGAGGCGCUUAUAGUGAGCUACCGGAGAAUUCGAAUCCAUUUUUGUACCGAGCUGCAAGGUAAAGUAU